AUGUGGGUGGCCUAUUCUCCAAUUGAGGGGCUUACAACUGAGCAUUCUCGACUGGCUGAAAAGUACUCCUUGUACCUGGUGAAAUCGACGCCCUACGACAUUCCGCUGCCGGUUCGACCCUCGGGUGUGCCUGUUUUGUUUGUGCCGGGAAACGCCGGCAGUUAUAGACAGAUUCGAUCGAUAUCCGACACUUGUCGAGAACUGAACGAACAGUAUGGCGGCUCUGAAAUCGACUUUUUUGCGCUGGAUUUCAACGAGGCAUACUCGGCACUGCAUGGCCGCACGCUUCUGGACCAAGCAGAAUACCUGAACGACGCUAUCAACUACAUUUUGCAAAUGUACAGAGAUAACGGAAAGGAUGUGUCUUCUGUGAUGCUUCUAGGACACUCUAUGGGAGGAGUGGUAUCUAGACUGGCCAUCAGUUUGGACAACUACAAGCCUGGAACUGUCACCACCAUUUUUACCUUGGCUUCUCCCCAUCUCGUUCCCCCAGCUACCUUUGAUGGAGACAUUCAAAAAGUGUACAACCGAAUGAACGACUUCUGGCGGUCAAACUACGCUGAUUCGGACAACAACUCGCUGAGUGACAUGACUGUGCUUUCCAUCGCUGGCGGAAAACGAGAUACCAUGGUGCCAAGUGACUACAUUAGCUUGGAUUCCGUUGUACCUUCUUCCCAUGGACUAUCGACUUUUUCCAACUCGAUCAACCGUGUGUGGACAGGCAUUGAUCACGAUGCAAUGAUGUGGUGUCAUCAACUGCGACGCCAGAUUGCCAUUGCUCUUAUGAACGUGAUUGAUCGGGAUGUGAAUGGUAGAAUGGAGGUGUUUCGAAAGGUGUUUAGUGGCACGCAGACACUUUCAGAUGCAGAGGAAGACUUUGAGGAUGUGGAGGUGACUCCCGUGAAACAUGGACUACACCAGAAACUAGAAUCAGGCUGGUAUUAUGGGGAAAACGUCCAGGUUAUGACGACACAUACGGUAAACCAGGAGUCUGCUUUUGAAAGCUACGAAAUGUCUUCUGGAUCUCUUCUCAGAGCUUUCGAAUGUCGCUCCAAGUCUGGAUCUUCGUUCAAAGGAUGCAGAAAGAUCUUCCCUUUGCUUGUCCCUGGAAGCAAUGACGCUGUUAUUGCCUUCGCUGAAACUGAACAUUACCUUCUUUUGGAUGUUUCUUCUUCUUCAGACUGGAUCUCCAUCGAUCAGGUGUCUCAGAAGAGCGCUAGCUUCGACUUUGUCACCGGAGCUACAAUCUCCACUUCCAAUACCAUCUCCACUGAUAUUUCCUUCCCCAAAUUGACUUCUGGACUCGUUUCUUACAAGGUCAGUGUCUCGAAGGGAGUGCAGCUUGUUCGACAAUACGUUCAACAAAAUUCUAGUCGAGUAUACGACUCUAAGUACCUUGUGCCUCACAACGGGGUAGUUGACGUAUCGUUCCAUGGAGAUGUCCCCUUUGUUCCUUAUUUUCAGUCAUCUCCUCUUCAUCUACAGGUCUUUGGAGGGGGUCAUGUGACUAUCCGGGUGGACUGGAUCGGUUCUCUGGGUAACCUAUUUAUGCGGUAUCGCAUUCUCUUCAUUUCUCUUCCUUCUGCUAUCUUGUAUGCAAUCUUUUUGGUACAGUUCCAUGCAGGUACUGCCAGGUUUCUGUCUCUUCGACAAAGUACAAGUAUCUUUAUUAACCGUUACCUACUUACUUCAUGCUUGGCUGGGUCUGGUAUUGCCUAUUUGACGGGACUUUCACAAGUCAGAGACUUUCUACAUCUCAUUCAGAUCCCUAUUACCAAGACCUUUGCCGUUGACCCUUCAUACACUAAGAACGACUUGUUUUUAGGACUCAGCGGAGUCUCUGGGACAGUUCUGGCACCUAUCUUCACUGUCUUCUCCACCGGUAUGGUUGUUUUGAUCACAGAACUGGUCAUGGGAUUGACUUCUCUUCUGUCCUUCUGUUUCAAAAGCACUACAACUGCCCAGUCAGAGUCAGAAUCAGGCGACCCUAUCAGCGAUCUUUUACACAAGAGAACUGUUUUUGUGGCUGUCAUUUCUGUUCUGGUUCUGCUGUUCUUUCCCUACCAGCUGGCCUUUACUCUGGCCACUGUGGCUCUUCUGGUGAUGACUGCGUACUUCAAGUCCAACAAAGCUCCGCAGGAACAAUCAUUCAACAACUACAUUUCCACCAUCUGUGUUCUCAUGACUUGGACAUGUAUCAUAAAUGCUCCUGUGCUGGCAGUCUGGAUUCAGGGCAUUGUUGUUCAGCGAUCAAUGACCUUUUCUUCCCAUCACAACCUCGUUUCCAUUCUCCCCACACUGCUGUUUGUGGAAAACCUAUCCUUCAGGCGUAUUCCCAGUGGUUCUUCCAUCACUUCUCUCUUGUUGGCAUACACCAGUCUGCACUGUUUGUUCUAUGGAAUGAUGCAGGCAUUCAUGAUCCACCAUGGAUUCAACCUGUUGGCCACCUGGCUCCUUUGCAUGUCCUACAAAAAGGUCUUUUUCAAGUCCAAGCAUGAGUAA